CCUGUGUGACAGACUGAGACCCUGACUAUAAAAAAAAAAAAAAGAAAAAAGAACUGAAAUAAGACCCAAGUCCAUUUGCAGAAUCUCUCCAGAAUGUGCACAGAAACGACUCUGGGGUUCUGAGGAACAGUCUAGGCAAACCUGGGCACAUCCCCUCAGUCCCACAGUUGUAAAUGUAUUGUAACACAUAACAAUUGUGAGAUUCAGGCACAGUCUGGGUCUCUGUUCCUGGAAAGUGUGAUCCUCUGGGCACAGCCCCUGCUCGCUUGGCUGUGUUGCCUGCCUGGCCUCUGCUUUAAUGAGCCCACUGCUCAGAGUUUGCUCAAACCACCCAAUUCCGAGUCUGGGAACCAGGAGAUGGCUGGACACCCGCUCACCACACAGAAGACUGUGGCCUGAGUCAAGAGAAGUUUCUGGCGGUUGAGCUUCCAGGGCUUCCUGAGCGAGGUUGCAGUGAGCCGAGAUUGCGCCAUUGCACUCUAGCCUGGACGUCGCAGCGAGACUGUCUCAGGAAAAAAAAAAAAAAAAAAAACACCCAAAAAGAAAGAAAAAAAAAUUCUGAGCAAGAUUCCAGGGCUUCCUGAGGGCGCGUUUAAGUUGUAGUUGCUGAGAAUCCCAAGUUCUUGUGGAGGCUGCAAGGCGAGCUUGCGUCAGCGAGGAGCCACUCCAGCACGCUCGGGGAAGGUCAUCAUUACUGCUGCAACGAACCGUUUGCAAGUGAAGGCGCACUAACAGGUAGAAGGACUACAAAGAAACCCAGAAACCAGACCUGGACACAUGAAAUACAGGGUUUAGCUGAAGAAAUACUCCACAGGAAAGGACGGCCUGCGCGAGGUCACCCACCCCGUCUUGGUUUUCUGCCACUUCGCUCCAGUUAGUUCCCCAAGCCCGCCCGCGCGCGCGCCCGCUGAGAAAACGCCCACCACGGCGGUCCCCCUGCAGGUCACAGGCGGUGCAGACCCCGGGACUGUGUCCAGGCUUCGGUGUCCAGGGAGCUCCAGGCACCCGAAUCUUCCGUGGUUUCCACCUCUUCACGCUCAGGUUCCGCUCAGCUUAAGCUGAGGGGCGACGACCUCAGGCGACGUCAGUUUCCCCCUGGGAACACGAACCCACGGCCCCAUUUCUCUUCUUUCUCCUAAAAACCUUUUCUUUUUUGAGACCUAAGACAUCAGUGAGACACACGAGCAGACACGGGCUCAGUCGGGAAAGGCGGGAACUCCAAGCGGCGGGGCCUGCAGGUCCAGGCGGUUCGCGGGCUUUCUGACCGCAUUCGGCCGAGUUCUUCUCUGAAGACCCGGGACCCCCGGCUGUGGGGGCGCAUUCGGCGGGCUGGUGGCGUAGGAUUCUGUCCCGGGCUGGGGUGAGGGAGCCCUUGCGGAUCCCGAGAUUCACCUCAGCAGCCUCCUCUGGGGUAGGCCUCAACUUCCCGCGGCGGCCCACGGUCAACGACUAAUUCCUGAGAGGGGGAAAACGGCCUGGCCCUGUCCAGGUGGUUGCUAAGCGCGGUCCGACGCCGCCCGCACGUGCAGUGAGCCCGGCCAGCGGUCCUGUGGACACAAAGCAGAGGCUCCGCCAGCGCGCAACCAGCAGCGCAAACCUUUUGCCGCUCGGCCGGCCCAGCAGGGGCUUUUAAAAUCGGCCAAUCACAGCGGGCGCCAGGCCUCCGCUAUCCGCUUACUGGUCCUGCCGUAGGAGGCGGGUACGUGAGCGCGCCAAUCUGUGGCCGGCGAAUGUAUAGGGCGGGGCUCCGCCCAGGCUGCACCGCCCUGAGCGCGCGUGCGCGAGACCGGGAACGCGGCCCCCUGAUUGGCGGCGCGUGCCGGGGGCGGGGCCGCGGCUGCGUGACAGUUGUCGCGGGGGAGGGCGAGCCCCAGCGCGGGGGAGGGAGUGUAAAUAGAGCGAAGGCUGCUCUGUGUCAGCCCCGUCACCGACGGGCGGCCCGCGCGGCGUCUGACGGAGAUGGAAGUUGAGCAAGAGCAGCGGCGCCGAAAGGUGGAGGCCGGGAGGACGAAGCUUGCUCACUUCCGACAGAGAAAAACAAAAGGUGACGGUUCGCAUUCGGAGAAAAAGACGGCGAAGAGGAAGGGCUCGGCUGUCGAUGCGCCUGUCCAGGAGGAGAGUCCGAUAGCCAAGGAGGACCGUGCACUCCGUGGAGGAGGGGACAUUUGCAAAAGCACAUCAUGUGACGACACCCCUGAUGGGGCAGGCGGGGCCUUUGCUGCUCAGCUGGAGGACCGAGAUGGAGAGAAGAGAGAGGACUUGGAACAACUGCAGCAGAAGCAAGUCAGUGACCACCCUCCAGAACAGCGUGGGAUCUUCACAGUCAGUGACCCCCAUCAAGAACAGCGUGGGAUGUUCACAGUCAGUGACCACCAUCCAGAACAGCGUGGGAUCUUCACAGUCAGUGACCCCCAUCCAGAACAGCGUGGGAUGUUCACAGUCAGUGACCACCGUCCAGAACAGUGUGAGAUCUUCACAGUCAGUGACCACCGUCCAGAACAGUGUGAGAUCUUCACAGUCAGUGACCACCGUCCAGAACAGUGUGGGAUCUUCACAGUCAGUGACCACCAUCCAGAACAGCGUGGGAUGUUCACAGUCAGUGACCACCAUCCAGAACAGCGUGGGAUGUUCACAGUCAGUGACCACCGUCCAGAACAGCCUGGGAUCUUCACAGUCAGUGACCACCGUCCAGAACAGCGUGGGAUGUUCACAGUCAGUGACCACCAUCCAGAACAGCGUGGGAUGUUCACAGUCAGUGACCCCCAUCCAGAACAGCGUGAGGUCAUCACAAAGGAGUGUAAACAAGAAUGUGAACUUGCCAUUGCUGACCUGCAGAGCAGCCGUGAAGAGGAGGCUGGCCUGCAGCAGAGUCAGGCUGUGCAUGGCCUUGAACUGGAGGCGCUGCGUCUGAGUCUGAGCAACAUGCACACGGUGCAGCUGGAGCUGACCCAGGCCAACCUCCAGAAGGAGAAGGAGACGGCGCUGACGGAGCUGCGGGAGAUGCUCAACAGCCGGCGUGCCCAGGAGCUGGCCCUGCUGCAGAGCAGGCAGCAGCACGAGCUGGAGCUCCUCAGGGAGCAGCAUGCACGGGAGAAGGAGGAGGUGGUGCUCAGGUGUGGACAGGAAGCAGCCGAGCUGAAGGAGAAGUUACAAUCAGAAAUGGAGAAAAACGCCCAGAUCGUAAAGACCCUGAAGGAAGACUGGGAAUCUGAAAAAGAUUUAUGUUUAGAAAAUCUACGCAAAGAAUUGUCUGCAAAGCAUCAGUCAGAAAUGGAGGAUUUACAAAACCAGUUUCAGAAAGAAUUGGCAGAACAGAGAGCUGAGUUGGAGAAGAUUUUUCAAGACAAAAACCAGGCUGAAUCGGCCCUUAGGAACCUGGAGAGUCAACAUCAAGCAGCCAUUGAGAAGUUACGUGAAGACCUGCAGUCCGAGCACUGCCGGUGUUUAGAAGACUUGGAGUUCAAGUUCAAAGAGGGCGAAAAAGAAAAACAGCUGGAGUUAGAGAAUCUUCAGGCAUCGUAUGAAGACCUGAAGGCACAGUCACAAGAAGAGAUCAGGCGCUUGUGGUCCCAGCUUGAUUCUGCCAGGACCAGUAGACAGGAAUUGAGUGAGCUACAUGAGCAACUCCUGGCGCGAGCCUCUCACGUGGAAGAUUUAGAGCAGCUGAAACAGCGAGAAAAAACCCAGCACGAGUCCGAACUGGAGCAACUGAGGAUUUAUUUUGAAAAGAAAUUAAGGGAUGCCGAGAAAACUUACCAGGAAGACCUAACCCUGUUGCAACAGAGGCUGCAGGGGGCGAGUGAAGAUGCUCUUCUGGACCCCGUGGAAGUUGGGUUGUCCUGUGUGGGUUUAGAAGAGAAACCUGAGAAAGGAAGAAAAGAUCACGUUGAUGAACUCGACCCUGAGCGACAUAAGGAGAGCCUGCCAUGCUUCCAGGCAGAGUUAGAAGAAAGCCACAGGCACCUGUUGGAAGCGCCAGAGUCUCCCCUCUGCAUCCAGCAUGAGGGGCACGUCUCAGACAGAUGCUGUGCGGAGACUUCAGCAUUGGGACCGGGGUGGCAUCUGGAGCCCUCCGAAGGGCGCAGCCAAGAGCUUCCCUGGGUGCAUCUCCAGGGUGUGCAAGACAGGGCCUUGGAGGCCGACACAGAGGUGGCAGCCAGAGUCUUGGGUCUGGAAACUGAGCAUAAGGUUAAACUUUCGCUUCUUCAGACUGAACUCAAGGAAGAAAUUGAACUCCUAAAAAUAGAAAACAGAAAUUUGUACGAGAAGUUGCAGCAUGAAACCCGUCUGAAGGAGAAUUUGGAGAAGGUAAAACACAAUCUAGUUGAAGACCACCAGGAGGAACUAAAUAAUGCCAAGCAGAAGACUGAGCUGAUGAAACAGGAAUUCCAAAAAAAAGAAAUGGACUGGAAAGUUAUGAAGGAGGAGCUACAGCGGGAAGCUGAGGAGAAGUUAACGUUGAUGCUUCUUGAACUGAGAGAAAAGGCUGAAUCCGAGAAACAGACCAUCGUAAACAAGUUUGAGCUUCGAGAAGCUGAAAUGAGGCAGCUUCAGGACCAACAGGCAGCCCAGAUCCUGGAUCUGGAGAGGUCCUUGACGGAGCAGCAGGGCCGCCUGCAGCAGCUGGAACAGGAGCUCACUUCAGACGAUGCCCUGCGUUGCAGCCAGUGUGGGCGGGAGCCGCCCGCAGCCCAGGACGGGGAGCUUGCCGCGCUCCACAUGAAGGAAGACUGUGCCCUGCAGCUGAUACUGGCCCGGAGCAGGUUUUUAGAGGAACGUAAAGAGAUCACCGAGAAAUUCAGUGCAGAACAGGAUGCCUUCCUGCAGGAGGCCCAGGAGCAGCACACCCGCGAGCUGCAGCUCCUCCAGGAGAGGCACCAGCAGCGGCUCCUGUCAGUGACGGCAGAGCUCGAGGCCAGACACCAGGCGGCGCUGGGUGAGCUGACGGCCUCGUUAGAGAGCAAGCAGGGGGCUCUACUGGCCGCACGUGUGGCCGAACUGCAGACGAAACAUGCUGCCGACCUCAGCGCUCUGGAGACCAGACAUCUGUCCAGCCUUGAUUCUUUAGAAUCCUGUUACCUGUCUGAAAUUCAGACCAUCCGCGAGGAGCACAGGCGGGCCCUAGAGCUCUUACGAGCAGACUUUGAGGAACAACUGCAGAAACAGGACUCUCUUCACCAAACAAUUUUGACUCAAGAGUUGGAGAAACUGAAGCAAAAACAUGACGAGGAGCUACAGUCUGUGCGGGAUGGCCUGCGAACCGCAGCGAGCACAGAGCUCGCCGGAACCGUGGCUCACGAGCUGCAGGGAGCACACCAGGGUGAAUUUGGAAGUGAAAAGAAAGCUGCUUUGCAUGAAAAAGAGAAGACACUUUGGCUACAGAGUGCGCAGGCACAGCCUUUUCACCAAGAGGAGAAAGAGUCUUUGUCUCUGCAGCUUCAGAAGAAGAAUCACCAAGUCCAGCAGCUGAAAGACCAGGUUUUAUCCUUAAGUCACGAGAUAGAAGAGUGCCGCUCUGAGCUGGAGGCGCUGCAGCAGAGGCGGGAGCGGGAGAACCGAGAAGGCGCAAACCUCCUCUCCAUGCUCAAGGCUGACGUCGACCUGUCCCACAGCGAAAGAGGGGCCCUCCAGGACGCCCUGCGCAGGUUGCUGGGUUUGUUUGGAGAGACGCUGAGAGCAGCCAUCGCCCUGAGGAGCCGUAUCGGGGAGCGCGUGGGGCUCUGCCUGGAUGACGCGGGCGCAGGCCUGGCCCUGUCGGCAGCUCCGGCGCUGGAGGAGACGUGGUCUGAUGUCGCCCUCCCAGAGCUGGACAGAACUUUGUCUGAAUGUGCAGAGAUGUCUUCUGCGGCUGAAAUUAGCAGCCACAUGCGUGAAAGCUUUCUCAUGAGCCCAGAAAGCGUGCGGGAAUGUGAGCAGCCCAUCCGGAGGGUCUUCCAGAGCCUCAGCCUGGCCGUGGACGGCCUCUUGGAGAUGGCCCUGGACUCCAGCAGGCAGCUGGAAGAAGCACGACAAAUUCAUUCUCGUUUUGAAAAAGAAUUUAGUUUUAAAAAUGAGGAGACAGCACAGGUUGUCAGGAAGCACCAGGAGCUGCUGGAGUGCUUGAAGGAGGAGAGUGCAGCAAAGGCAGAGCUGGCGCUGGAGCUGCACAAGACGCAGGGCACCCUCGAGGGAUUCAAGGUGGAGACAGCGGAUCUGAAGGAGACGCUGGCCGGGAAGGAGGAUUCCGAGCACCGUCUGGUCCUGGAGCUAGAGAGUCUGAGACGGCAGCUGCAGCAGGCGGCCCAGGAGCAGGCAGUGCUGAGGGAGGAGUGCACCCGUCUGUGGAGCCGGGGGGAGGCCACAGCCAUGGACGCCGAGGCCAGAGAAGCUGCUCUCCGGAAGGAAGUGGAGGAUCUGACCAGAGAACAGUCGGAGACCAGGAAGCAGGCCGAGAAGGACCGCUCAGCCCUGCUCUCCCAGAUGAAGAUUUUGGAGUCUGAGUUAGAGGAACAGCUGUCUCAGCAUCGCGGGUGUGCCAAGCAGGCGGAGGCCGUCACCGCCCUGGAACAGCAGGUGGCGUCUCUGGACAAGCAUUUGCGCAACCAGCGGCAAUUCAUGGAUGAGCAGGCCGCCGAGCGGGAGCACGAACGUGAGGAGUUCCAGCAAGAGAUUCAGAGGCUGGAGGGGCAGCUCCGCCAGGUGGCCAAGCCACAGCCCUGGGGCCCUCACGACAGCCAGCAGGCGCCGCUGGAUGGAGAGGUGAGUAGGCGUCACAGAGAUGGGCACGCCCUGUGCGGGCGCCCAGGCUCCCCUGCGCUCGCUGGGACUGUCCUGCCGCCCACUCGCUUUUCUUGCUCUAGCUUGGGCUGCAGCUAUCUGCUUUCUCUUGUUUCUCUGUUCAGUCUGCGGGUCCGGGUCUCCCUGUGCAGCCUGCGGGUCCGGGUCUCCCUGUGGGAUAAAGAGUUGUUAAAGAAACAGCAGAUGAGUAGCUUACUUCUGGCGUCCACAUUGCAGUCUACACUAGAUGCAGGCAGUUGCCCUGAGCCGCCUCCGGGCAGCCCUCCUGAGGGUCCAGAAGUACAGUUAGAGGUGACACAGAGCGCACUCCUGCAGCGUAAACCAGAAGUUUUGGACUUGAAAGAACAACUAGAAAAGAUGAAAGGUGACUUAGAAAGUAAAAAUGAAGAGAUACUACAUCUGAACUUAAAAUUAGACUUGCAGAACAGCCAGACUGCUGUCCGCCUCGGAGAACUUCAGGAAGAGAGCGUGAGCUCGAAGGUCGUAUAUACCAGAAGUUCUGAGAUUGAAGAGCUGAAAGCCACGAUUGAAAAUCUGCGAGAGAACCAGAAGCGAUUACAAAAGGAGAAAGCAGAGGAAAUCGAACAACUCCAUGAAGUCAUUGAGAAGCUGCAGCACGAGCUGUCCCUUAUGGGGCCCGUGGUGCAUGAAGUCAGCGACAGUCAGGCUGGCAGUCUGCAGAGCGAGCUGCUCUGCUCUCAGGCCGGGGGCCCCCGCGGGCAGGCCCUGCAGGGCGAGCUUGAGGCUGCGCUCGAAGCCAAGGAGGCCCUGAGCCGGCUGCUGGCUGACCAGGAGCGCGGGCACAGCCAGGCCCUGGAGGCCCUGCAGCAGCGCCUCCAGGGUGCAGAGGAGGCUGCGGAGCGGCAGCUGGCUGAACUAGAGCGCAGUGCAGCCCUCAGGGAGGCUGAGGUCGAAGGCAUGGCCUCCCGGAUCCAGGAGUUCGAAGCUGCCCUGAAAGCAAAGGAAGCAAUGAUUGCCGAGAGAAAUUUAGAAAUUGACACAUUGAACCAGCGGAAGGUGGCCCACUCUGCCGAGCUGGAGGCCGUCCUGUUGGCCUUGGCCCACAUCCGCCGUGUGCUGGAGCAGCAGCCGCUGGCAGCUGGGGCGGAGCCUCCCGAGCUGCAGCGGCUCCGAGCGCAGUGUGCCCGCCUUAGCCGCCAGUUGCAUGUGCUGCACCAGCGGUUCCUGAGGUGCCAGGUGGAGCUGGACAGGCGGCAGACCUGCAGAACCACAGCUCACACACGGGUGCCCGGGGCCCACCCACAGCCUCACGUGGAUGGUGGCGCCAAGGCCCAGGUCCCUGGCGACAUAGAGGCCUCCCACGAUGGUGCUUUGGAACCGGUUGUCCCUGACCCACAGGGUGAUCUGCAGACCGUCGUGAUGACGUUGGAGGACGCACCUCUCUGCAAGCAAGAAGGCGUAAUGUCAGUGCUCACCGUCUGCCAGAGGCAGCUGCAGUCGGAGCUGCUCUUGGUGAAAAAUGAAAUGCGCCUGAGUCUGGAGGACGUAGGCAAGGGUAAGGAAAAAGUACUGGAAGAUUGUCAGCUGCAGAAGGUCGAUCUGAUAGCUCAGGUGAAACAACUUCAGGAAAAAUUGAACCGUUUGCUGUAUUCCAUGACCUUCCAGAAUGUGGAUGCUGCCGAUGCCAAAUCUCCAUGGCCCUUGGCCUCGGCACACCUGUUGGAGAACAGCUGGAGUGAUGGUUCCUGUGACGGCGAAGAGCCUGACACAUCAGCCCCCACAGAUGCGUGUGUUGCCAGUGCAGCCACGGGGGGUGUAACUGAUGUUAUCAAAAAUCGGGAUUCCUUGAUACCAGAUGAAAUGCCAGAUUCUCCCAUUCAAGAAAAGUCAGAAUGUCAGGACAGGUCCCUUUCUUCACCAACCAGCAUGCUUGGCGGCUCCUGCCGCCAGAGCCACGCCGCGGAGGCUGGGCCCCGGAAGAGCCCGGUGGGGGUGCUGGACCUGUCUUCCUGGAGCUCCCCUGAGGUCCUCAGGAAAGACUGGACCCUGGAGCCCCGGCCCAGCCUCCCUGUGACACCCCACUCAGGAGCCCUGAGCCUGUGCAGUGCCGACACAUCCCUGCGGGACAGGGCGGACACCUCACUACCACAGCCCCAGGGGCCGGGCCUGCUUUGUUCCCCAGGUGUGUCCGCAGCAGCGCUGGCCCUGCAGUGGGCUGAGUCUCCGCCGGCUGAUGACCACCGUGUGCAGAGGACGGCUGUGGAGAAAGAUGUCGAAGAUUUUAUCACAACAUCUCUUGAUUCUCAAGAAACAUUAAGUUCACCUCCUCCUGGAUUAGAAGGGAAAACUGAUGGAAGUGAGAAAAGUGAUGGCUCGGGUUUUGGAGCAAGACUGAGCCCGGGGUCAGGAGGCCCUGAGGCUCCAACUGCUGGUCCUGUGACCCCUGCUGCUAUCUCUGGAAGGUUUCAGCCACUGCCGGAAGCCAUGAAGGAGAAGGGGGUGCAUCCGCAGCACGUGAAGGCUUUGCUGCAGAUGGUGUGUGACGAGAGCCACCAGAUCCUGGCACUGUCAGAAGGCCUUGCACCCCUGACUGGCGAGCCACACCCACCCCGGAAGGGAGACAAGGACGUGCCCACCGUGUGCCCUGAUUGGAGGGGGGAGCUUCUGCAGGUUGUGCAGGAGGCAUUUGAAAAAGAGCCGGAGAUACAGGGGGUUGAGCUGCAGCCCCGACUCAGUGGCUCAGAUCUGGGGGGUCACAGCUUCCCGCUUGAAAGGCUGGAGAAGGCCAUCAGUGAGCAGGGAGACCUGCAGGAAAAGUCCCUGGAGCAGCUUCGCCUGCCGGACCGGAGCAGCCUGCUGUCCGAGAUCCAGGCUCUGCGCGCCCAGCUGCGCAUGGCGCACCUGCAGAACCAGGAGAAGCUGCAGCACUUGCGCACGGCCCUGACCAGCGCGGAGGCGCGUGGGAGCCAGCAGGAGCACCAGCUGCGCAAGCAGGUUGAACUGCUGGUCUAUAAAGUAGAGCAGGAGAAGUGCAUCGCUGGCGACUUGCAGAAGACGCUGAGUGAAGAGCAAGAGAAAGCACACGGCGUGCAGAAGCUCCUGGCGGCGGAGCAGAGUGUGGUGCGAGAUUUGAAGUCCGAGCUCUGUGAGAGCAGGCAGGAGAGUGAACGGCUGUCCCGGUCCCUCUGCGAGGUGCAGCAGGAGGUCCUCCAGCUGAGGUCCAUGCUGAGCAGUAAGGAGAACGAGCUGAAGGCCGCGCUUCAGGAGCUGGAGAGUGAGCAGGGGAAGGGGCGUGCCCUGCAGAGCCAACUGGAGGAGGAGCAGCUCCGGCACCUGCAGAGGGAGGGCCAGAGUGCCAAGGCCCUGGAGGAGCUGCGGGCGUCUCUGGAGACACAGCGUGCUCAGAGCAGUCGACUCUGUGUGGCACUGAAACACGAGCAGACGGCCAAGGACAACCUGCAGCAGGAGCUGCGCAUCGAGCACUCACGCUGUGAGGCUUUGCUGGCUCAGGAGCGGAGCCAGCUCUCCGAGCUCCAGAAGGACCUUGCGGCUGAGAAGAGCCGCACCCUGGAGCUGUCAGAGGCCUUGCGGCACGAGCGGCUCCUGACUGAGCAGCUGAGCCAGAGGACACAGGAGGCUUGUGUGCACCAGGACACACAGGCCCAUCACGCUCUGCUGCGGAAGCUGAAGGACGAGAAGUCCCGGGUGGCGGACUUGCAGGCGAUGCUUGAAAAGGUGCAGCAGCAAGCCCUGCGUUCUCAGCAGCAGCUUGAAGCUGAGGCUCAGGAGCACUGUGAGGCGCUCAGGAGAGAGAAGGAGGUAAGUGCCACCCUGAAGUCGACGGUGGAAGCCCUGCACACCCAAAAACGAGAGCUGAGAUGCUCUCUGGAGAGAGAGAGGGAGAAGCCAGCGUGGUUGCAGGCAGAAUUAGAGCAGUCACACCCACGGUUGAAAGAGCAAGAAGGACGCAAGGCUGCGAGGAGGAGCGCGGAGGCCGGGCAGAGCCCAGCGGCUGCGGAGCGGUGGAGGAAGUGGCAGAGAGACAAGGAGAAGCUGCGAGAAUUAGAACUGCAGCGUCAGCGUGACUUGCAUAAGAUCAAGCAGCUUCAGCAGACGGUGAGAGACCUGGAGUCGAAGGACGAGGUGCCUGGCAGCCGCCUCCACCUGGGUUCUGCCCGCAGGGCUGCUGGCUUGGAUGCUGACCACCUCCGAGAACAGCAACGAGAGCUGGAGGCGAUGAGACAGCGGCUGCUCUGUGCUGCCGGGCUUCUCACCAGCUUCGCCAGCCAGGCCAUGGACAGGACAGUUAACGAUUGGACAUCAUCCAAUGAGAAAGCAGUGGUGUCGUUACUGCACACGUUGGAGGAGCUGAAGUCUGACUUGAGCAGGCCCACCUCCUCCCAGAAAAAAAUGGCAGCAGAGCUGCAACUCCAGUUUGUGGACGUCCUGCUGAAAGACAAUGUUUCCCUCACGAAAGCCCUCAGCACGGUGACCCGGGAGAAGCUGGAGCUGAGCAGGGCCGUGUCUAAGCUUGAGAAGAUGCUGAAGCACCAUCUGCAGAAAGGCUGCAGCCCGAGCAAGUCGGAAAGGGCUGCUUGGAAGCCAGACGAAACGGCUCCACAGAGUUCCCUGAGGCGCCCAGACCCUGGCCGGCUUCCACCGGCUGCCAGCGAGGAAGCACACCCCAGCAACGUCAAGAUGGAAAAAUUGUACCUGCAUUAUUUGAGAGCAGAGAGCUUUAGAAAAGCUCUGAUUUAUCAAAAGAAGUAUCUUUUGCUGUUGAUUGGUGGAUUCCAGGAUUCUGAACAAGAAACACUCUCCAUGAUUGCCCAUUUGGGGGUAUUUCCUUCCAAAGCGGAGCGGAAAACCACAUCUCGCCCUUUCACACGGUUCCGCACGGCCGUCAGGGUGGUGGUUGCCGUAUUGAGAUUACGUUUUUUGGUUAAGAAAUGGCAAGAAGUAGAUCGGAAAGGAGCUCUGGCACAAGGCAAAGUCCUUCGCCCAGGGCCCCGAGUACGACGACCGCAGUCUCCACCCAGAACCAGAGAGUCCCCCCCAACCCGGGAUGUGCCCUCAGGCCACACCAGGGACCCCACCAGAGGCCACGGACUGGCAGCAGCAGCCUCCCCACACACUGGGGGAAGAGCCACUCCAUCCCCAAAUUCAAGAUUAGAAAGAUCCCUGACUGCUUCUCAAGAUCCAGAACAUUCCUUGACAGAGUAUAUUCACCAUUUAGAAGUGAUCCAGCAAAGACUGGGAGGGGCUCUACCAGAUUCUCCUUCAAAGAAAUCCUGCCACCAGAAGAUUAAACAGUGAAUAAAAUGCCAUGGCUCUUACCUGCGACAAUUCUAUUUGAGGAAAAGAUUUGUUUUUCCCUUUUCCCAAGGAAGCUCGUGGGACAGCAUGGGCACUACUCUUCACGUGCGGUGACACCAGCCCCCAGAUGCCUUCAAUUUAGUGUCCUCACCUUUAUGCAUGACUGCAAAGCCAGAUGGAGCAUUUUCUAUGGAGCCUCUGUAUGUUUUAGGCCCGUGACUUUCGUGAGGUGACAGGUACUCACUCCCAUGAGCCCUGGCUGUGUGCUGUUGUGUGCCUAUCGGCAGAUCCAUCCUUCCUGCCUCCAAGAAGGAUACACAGAGAAUGGCUUCCUGUUGUUUUGUUUAUUUUCUUAACGUGCACAGAUGGAAACUUCAUUUAAAAAUAAAAACAAAACAACUCAAAAAGGAAUAAAAUGUAAUCACUGUUCUGUUUGUGAAUA